AUGCAGUUUCGCCUCUUCUCCUUUGCCCUCCUCAUUCUGAACUGUAUGGAUUACAGCCACUGUCAAGUCAACCGAUGGAGACGCAGUAAGCGAGGUGGGUUCUUCUCUGCGGAAGCUAGUUAUGUAUCAAAUCCCACUUGCAAGGGUUGUUUGUCUUGUUCAAAGGACAAUGGGUGCAGCCGAUGUCAACAGAAGUUGUUCUUCUUCCUUCGAAGAGAAGGGAUGCGCCAGUAUGGAGAGUGCCUGCAUUCUUGCCCAUCAGGGUACUAUGGACACCGAGCCCCAGAUAUGAACAGAUGUGCAAGGUGCAGAAUAGAAAACUGUGAUUCUUGCUUUAGCAAAGACUUUUGUACCAAGUGCAAAGUAGGCUUUUAUUUGCAUAGAGGCCGAUGCUUUGAUGAAUGUCCAGAUGGUUUUGCACCAUUAGAUGAGACCAUGGAAUGUGUGGAAGGAUGUGAAGUUGGUCAUUGGAGUGAAUGGGGAACUUGUAGCAGGAAUAAUCGCACAUGUGGAUUUAAAUGGGGUCUGGAAACCCGAACACGGCAAAUUGUUAAAAAGCCAGCAAAAGACACAAUACCAUGUCCAACUAUUGCUGAAUCUAGGAGAUGCAAGAUGGCCAUGAGGCACUGUCCAGGAGGGAAGAGAACACCAAAGGCAAAGGAGAGGAGAAAUAAGAAGAAGAGGAAGUUGAUUGAAAGAGCCCAGGAGCAGCACAGUGUCUUCCUAGCUACAGACAGAGCUAACCAAUAA